AAAGGCACAAAGCCUCUUUAUCUUUUCAAAAAAGCAGUACAUAAUUACAAAAUAAAGAAAACUUAAUAUUAAAGGCUCAUCCGGAAUUGUUCCAUGCCAGAGCCGACGACAUCCAAAGGGAAAAUCUACUUUUCAAAGGGCACAUUUUCAGAAUUUGACAAUGCGAAACGAAAUUAAAGAUCGGUUGUGUUUUCCGGUAUGUGGAAGGGAACCGUUCGUUCUGCUGAUAUUUUCGGGGAAGUGGAUGUAGGAAACUCAGCGAGUGGUGUGAACGAAUAAACAUUUGACAUGGUUUGGAGGGCAUUCCUAGCCUAUUGGAUGCUAAGAAAAACAGAGAAAACCAGCUAAAAAGGGUUAACCGGUGAGUUCGUUCCUUGUUGCUCUCUUUUAUAUUUGAACAUGACGUAGGUAUACUUGAGGGUUCCGGGUCAUUUGGCCGAACGCCAUUUGGCCGAAUGCCGUUUGGCCGAACGCCAUUUGGCCGAAAGGGUCAUUUGGCCGAAUGCCAUUUGACCGAAUGCCGUUUGGCCGAAAAAUGAAUGAUGAACUUAAGUGAAUAUACCACUGUUCCCCGUCUCAGUAUAACUAGAUAGAACAGCCUAUGAUUUCGGGAGGUAGUCUUAAGGAAGCUAAAUUAACUGAUUUUUGGACAAACGUUCGUGGGGUGUUCAGGCUUUUGUCACGAGAUAUCAACUAGCGUAAGUGUGCCCAUCGUUGACAAUGCGUUGUGCCACUUUUAGCUGAAACUGAGUAAGAAUACAAAGGAUUUGUCGAUUUCUGAGUAAGACGAACUCAGUCACUGAGUAACAAUUUUUCUCGGUGUACCGCAACAAUAGGAACAUAGCAGCAAAAAUAUCAAGGAAAAAUUUUUUGAAGCAGAUUUUUGGACAAAUCUUAAGCACACGUAUGGCGCAAUCUCAUAAUUAAAGCAUAAUACAUCUAUUAAAAAUGCCUUUUAGUAACAUUGCAGUCGAAAAAGUGCUCAAAUGCCACUACCGCAACAAUAGGUACUACCGCAACGAAGGGAACAAUCAUCCUAUCAUGUUCUAUUCUGAAGGUCUCCAAUGAAUUCACUUUGCCCUCCUACAAAAAAAAAGGUAUGCAAUUGUGGUACCGGCCGGUCAUUUCACUUCCAGUUUACGGUAGGUAGUCCCAGCGUCAUGUUUAAAACAGCCUUAUCAUUUCAAUCACUUAUUCACUUUGUGCUUGACAGCGUUCCGAUGAGCCGCACAUUCGGUUGCAUCUUUUGGUAGGAUUAGAAUCUAUACAUAAAGAUGCUGUGGAUUAGCUUGUUCGUAUUGUUGAUGGUAACUAGCCCGGUAGUUCAAGGCAAAAGAAUUUCCGAGAUCAAAUGCGAAGAGUACAUCAAUUCCACCAGGACAACCGUCAGUGUAAUUUCAAUGAUCUUUGAUCCAACGCCCAUCGAGUUCUCGUCGUACAACUGUUCGAAAACCGUGGACCUCAUUGUCGGUGGCGAAGAUGCCCAUAGUGGAGAAUUUCCCCAUCAAGCUCUACUCGGUUGGAAAACGAACCGAACGGGCGUGUAUACGUUCGAGUGCGGUGGAACGAUCAUCAGCGACCGAUAUGUACUGACGGCGGCUCAUUGCGCUUCGAAACCGAACACUCCGAUGUCUGCACCCGAGUUUGUACGGUUCGCCGUGGUGGAUCUAACGAAAAAUGAGGACGAGUUUGACAUCGAUAUUGAAUCGUUCAUACGACAUCCAUCUCAUAGCUUUCGUCGCUCCUACCACGAUAUAGCGUUGAUUCGUUUGGCGGAACGCUUACGAUUUUCGGCCCUGGUUCGACCUGCCUGUUUGUGGACCGAUGAAGAUACGUAUCCUUCAUCGGUCAUCGCUACCGGUUUCGGGGGGAUGGAUGUGGCAGAGGAAGGAUCGAAUACGCUACGCAAGGUGCAGCUGGAUGUCCAGGACUUGAGCAAUUGCAACAAGCAGUUUCUGGGGACCAGGAACUUUCCCCGUGGGAUGUCCGAAAACCUGCUAUGCAUUGGAAGCUCCGGUGGUGGCAAGGACACGUGCCAGGGUGAUUCGGGUGGUCCCAUUCAAAUUUUGGCAAAUCAAAAAUGGUGCAUCUACCAUGUGCUGGCGGUGACGUCCAUUGGGUCUGCCUGUGGUACCAAGAUGCCAGCAUCCUACACUAAGGUCGCUAGUUAUCUGGAUUGGAUUGAGGGAAUCGUUUGGGGAUCGGAUUGAUCAACCAUAUAGGAUUACAUCGGCAGGCUCUAAGUAGAAUGACAUAGGUAAAAUGGAUUAAUCGCUCAAUUUACACGUAAUUCAUAUAUUUUUGAAUACAUUUUUGGAUCAGAAUAAAUUUUGGUCUAUUAUUUCGACACCAACAUUUCAAAAGGGCGUAACUGCUUUUGGAAUCAUCACCUUCUUUUAAAGCUGUGGAUCAUGUGUUAUGAUUUCCAUGUUUUUCACAACAAGUACCAGAUGGGAAAAACUCUCCUCUUUCCGACAACCACGGUGGUUUGAGUGUAAGGGAGGCAGUAUGACCUACAGCUUUGAAAGAAGGUAUUACUUCCAAAUGCAGUUACGCCCUUUUGAAAUGUUGGUGCCGAUUUGCAUUUGUUUCCAGUGUA